GGGCCACGCCCUGUGCGAAUUAGAGAUUUUUCACUUCGCCCUCCUCCGCCGCAGACCGCUGCUGCUGCCCGCCGUCGGCCAUCUCUGACGCCUUCCCAGCGGUUCUCCUCGCCUUUGCCGCCUCCGUCCCCGCGCCCCUCGAGUCUCGACGCCGGCGAUGGAGAGCCGCCUCCUCGACAAGUCCCUGAACCCGAACAAGCUCCUCAAGGAGCAAUUCGUGAGCAACCUGACGGGGUCCUCCUUGACGGAGAUCGCGGCUCUCUCCACCAUCGUGCCGGCAUUGGUGGUUCUGAGGAAGUGGAGCAGCGGAGAUAAUACUAGGAGGGAUGCAGCGAAGAAAAAUGGUGAUAGAGUUCUUCCUGUUCGUAAAGAUUGGAUGCAGUACUUCUGUACACUGGUUGUAGAUUAUCUCACUGUUGUAUUGCCAGUUCUUUUGGUUUUCACAGUCUUAGAUGAAUGGGCUUAUAUGUGUUCUAUUUCUCUUGUAAUCCUGAUAGCUGUCUACAUCAUGUUUAAAAGGUCUCAGUCUCAUCUUAAAGCUGGACUCAGUCAACUGCCUUCACUAAGGGCAGAUAUAUCUUCUUACCGAGUGUCAGUGGUUCUAGUGACAUGUUUGUGCAUAUUAGCGGUGGACUUCAAAAUCUUUCCAAGACGCUAUGCCAAAGCUGAAACAUAUGGUAGUGGCAUCAUGGAUCUUGGAGUAGGAUCUUUUGUAGUGGCUAACGCACUGGUAUCUAGACAAGCACGAAACAUAACCACAAUGAGUUUCAGGACAGCACUGAGUUCCAUAAGUCCACUAGUAUUUCUUGGCUUUGCUCGCAUUCUCUCCACAUCGGGUGUUGAUUAUCAGGUUCAUGUAGGAGAAUAUGGUGUUCACUGGAACUUCUUUUUCACCCUUGCAGCUGUUUCUAUUCUCACAUCCAUUGUCAGGAUUCAUCCAAAGCAUUGUGGCCUAGUUGGUCUGCUUAUCCUUGCAGGAUACCAGAUUUGGCUAUCUUCUGGAUUGAAUGAGUACCUCAUUUCUGAUAAAAGAAGUGCUGAUUUAAUCAGCCAGAAUAAGGAAGGCAUUUAUAGUAUACUUGGGUAUUGGGGUAUGUUUCUAAUUGGUGUUUCUCUGGGUUACUAUCUGUUUGUUGAUACCAGUUUAAAAGGCAAGAACAGGAACACUCAAGUGGUAAAAGUCUGGGUUCUUGCCGCAUCAUUUUGGAUUUUGGCAAUCAUCCUUGAUAGCUAUAUUGAGAGGGUUUCUCGGCGAAUGUGCAACUUCGCUUAUGUUAUGCUUGUUUUCGGCCAGAAUUUUCAGGUUUUAUCCAUCCUCACAUUAGCAGGGUUUAUUUCAUAUGAAAAGAACUUGGUUCUUGAAGAUGCAUUCAAUCAAAAUAUGCUUGGUUCAUUCCUUCUGGCAAAUAUCCUAACUGGUCUGGUAAAUCUCUCUGUUGACACGCUCUCUGCCUCUUCGCUCACUGCCUUCAUGAUUCUGUCAGUAUACACCUUUACUUUAUGCAUGGUUACUGGCCUUGCCCAUUUUUUCGGUGUUAGAAUGAAAUUCUGGUGAAUUGUAAGCUAGCAUUUGAUAUGCUGUAUGUAUUCAUUAACUUGUCAGCAAGCUAGUAGCUCGCUUGAAAUAAAACUAAAUAUUUUUUAUGAGAAAAUCAAAACCAAAUUGCAGCCUAACUAGUUGAUCGAGUCAUUAACUCUUCCUAUAGUCUAGAUCUGACUUCUUUCGGACUUAUUCACUUCAUGAAACCAUUUCCAAGAGAAGUGUUCAAGUUUCCGUGUGUCCCAUCAGAAACCUCCUAAUUUUCCUUCAUAUCAUGGAGAGCGGGUCUGCUGGUAUUAAUUAAUCCUCCCGUUUACUUUCGAUCUGAAGGUGACACAUCCACCGUAGAUAUGAUGACGAAUUAAAGACAGUCUGUCAAGAGUUUGCUGUUUCAUUAAUUUGGUGCCUCAGUCAGAAUUUGGCUUCAAGUACCAUAAGUUCAUACUGCUGUGGUUAUCACUUGUCAUGGGUAGAGUUGAAACCAGGGUUCAGGAAAGCGGCGCUGUACUUGAAUGUUACUCUCUGGCUUUCUGUGGAUGACAUCUAAAGAAUUUGGGUGUCACUUAUGACUUCUAGAUGGUAUAUUCUCAGAUGGAAACCACUGACUCUUCAUGGAGAGCAGAAAGAGUGCAAGUAUCAUGUGUACUGUACCGAGUAUGGCACGAUGUACAUGGAUAAUGCACAGAGAGCAAUGCAGCCGCAUAUGAUCCUGUAGCUGAUCGGUUCAUGUGGCUGCUGAAAGGAGAAAAUAUCUUUGAUUGAC